UACCGGGUGCUAUCGCGCAAGGGCGGAAGUGGGCGGGGCUCUAUGUCGUAAUAGAAGAGCGACAACUGCGCAGACAUCUUGGAAACGAAUCGGCAACGCAAUGGGAUCUUCAAAGAAGCAUAAGGAAAAGGAAAAGGAACGAGAUCGAGAUGGCGCCUUGGCUGCAGGUAGUGGGGAAGAUCGUCACAGGGAACACAAGAAGCACAAACAUAAGGAACGUGAGCGCGAGAGACGAAAGAGAUCCCGGGAGAGAGAAAGACCUAGGGAUAGGGAAGGAAGGUCCUCCCGGUCUUCCAAGGAUACCGAAUCUCGAAAAAUAAAAAGGGAAAAGAUGGACUUUACUUUUGAGCUGAGUGGUCCUAAAUCUGGAGGUGGAGGUGGAGAUUCGUCAUUAAGCAUUGAAGAGACAAAUAAACUUCGUGCUAAACUUGGUUUAAAACCCUUGGAAGUUAAUACUGCCAAAACAGAAAGUGGCACUAAAGAAGACCCGGUUGCAGCUGCUGUCAUUAACCCACUAGCUCUAAAACAACAGCAGGAACUCAGAGAGAAAUUGGCAGCUGCUAAAGAAAAGAGAAUGCUGAACCAGAAAUUGGGUAAAAUAAAAUCCCUGGGAGAGGAUGAGCUAUGGUUAGAUGAUACAGCUGCUUGGAUUGAGAGAAGCCGGAAGCUUCAAGCAGAAAAAGAAAAGGCAGAUAAGAGGGAAAAACUCCUAGCAGAAAUGGAUGAAGAGUUUGGUGUUUCUAAUCUUGUGGAGAAGGAGUUUGGGCAAACGAAGACCUAUACCUCUACAGAUUUGCAGGGACUGACUGUUGAGCAUAAUAUGGACGCCUUUACGGAGGGAAAAACUGUAAUUUUAACACUCAAGGACAAAGGUGUUCUUGAUAAAGAUGAAUCUGAUGUGUUGGUUAAUGUGAACAUGGUAGACCGUGAGAAGGCAAAUAAAAACGUUGAGCUAAAGAAAAAAAGACCUGAAUACAAACCUUAUGAAGAACAAGAGAGUGUGGACGACAUGGUUGUUCUUCCUCACAAAUCUGUCCUUUCCAAAUAUGAUGAAGAGAUAGAAGGAGAAAAGAAGAAAUCCUUCCAGCUGGAAUCUGGGGGGGCAGUGGAUGGUUCAUGGGAAAAAGAACUGCAGACAAUUCGGGAGACUUUGCACAAUCAAGCGCAAUCCUUAGAACUUCCAGGGAUGAAAAUUGCAUCUGAAUAUUAUACACCAGAGGAGAUGGUCUCCUUCAAGAAAACAAAGAGGCGAGUGAAAAAGAUACGCAAGAAGGAGAAAACCAUCGAAGACAUCAUGCUUGUGAAGCCGGAUACUCGAGAGAGUGAUUUUGGUUCUAGGUCUCGGGGACGUGGUCGAAGACGGGUUGAGGAUUCAGAUGACGAGGAACAUAUAGUUCUCAAAGAGGCCUUGCCGCAAUCUGAUGACAUCCGAGUGGAGAGUAUGGACAUUAGUGACCAUGAGAUGACUCCAGACUCACCAUUUGCUUUGGAAGAAGAUGAAUUGGAGAUAGAGUUAGAAAAACAGCUGGAAAAAAAUAGACGUUUAAAACUGAUGCAGCAGCAGAAGGAUGCUACUGAGAAGGUUGUUUCAAUAGUAAAAAAGGUUACUUCUCAGAAGACUCAAGAUGAAGAAGAUGACAAUAAUAAUAAUGAUGAUGACGAUGAUAAGAAGGGGUCCAUUGUGUUCAAUGCAACUUCUGAAUUCUGCAGAACACUUGGGGAGAUUCCAACAUAUGGUCUGGCAGGGAACAGAGAAGAUCAAGAGGAUUUAAUGGACUAUGAGAAAGAAGAUGAGGAAUCUGAGAAAGAAGGAGGAGAGUCUGAUGGAGAAGAAAAUGUUGGCUGGAGCAUGGUGAAUCUUGAUGAGGAGAAAAACCAGCAUGAGUUUUCUGCAGCGUCAACAACUAUUUUGGAUGAAGAGCCAAUUGUAAACAGAGGUCUGGCUGCUGCUUUACAUCUUUGUCAGAACAAAGGUCUGCUGGAGACAACAGUACAUAAAGUGGCACGUAUCAAAGGCAGCAAUAAACCCCUUCCAUCGGCUGUAUAUUGCAUAGAGGACAAAAUGGCAAUAGAUGACAAAUAUAGCAGGAGAGAAGAGUACAGAGGGUUUACACAAGAAUUCAAGGAAAAGGACGGCUACAGGCCAGAUGUGAAGAUCGAGUACGUGGAUGAAACUGGAAGGAAGCUCUGUCCAAAGGAGGCUUUUAGACAACUUUCUCAUCGGUUCCAUGGCAAAGGUUCAGGCAAAAUGAAGACCGAGAGACGCAUGAAAAAAUUGGAUGAGGAAGCACUUCUAAAGAAGAUGAGCUCCAGUGAUACUCCUCUUGGUACAGUGGCACUCCUUCAGGAAAAGCAGAAAGCUCAGAAGACCCCUUACAUUGUCCUUAGUGGAAGUGGGAAGAGUAUGACUGCGAACACACUUAUAAAAUAAGUGUGUUUUGUCCAGAAUUUGCAGAAGGAACUGGCAACAUUCAUCUUCUGUGCGGACAGAAGCCAAAAUCUGAAAGUGGAUGUCAUGAAAUAAAACUUGUUUCACCAACUUUUUCAAUUGGUCUUUCCAACCUUUAUUGGCAAAUUUUCCUUGUACCCAUCCAUUUGUAGCCGACAGGUGACUCUGGCCAACAGGUUAUUUUGUACCAUUUUUUUCCUUUUUUAAACUGAAACAUAUCAAGACAACUUUUUAAGGUGAAUCGAUAUUCCAAUAUUGCAGAAUGUAAUCUAGGAGGAUAUCUGUAUAAUUUUUCGCUUCCCUGGGAUUAAUGCAUACAGUACUGUGUAUAAAAUGUCUUUUAAAUAAAAUUAUUUAAAAAGAAAGGACAAAUAGGACUGUGAUGCACUGGUUUGCAACAUGGAAACUAGUGGUUUUACUUUGUAAUUUAUUUAUAGGAUUUGAGUAGAUGGAAGCGGGUAUACUGGAAUCCAGAAAUGCUCUAAGUUCUCUACCUGAUUAAAAAACACUGGUUACCUAUUGGAUCUGUAAUAAAACUUUAAAAACGA